AUGGAAGGGCCUUGGGCAGUGAUGGGAGAUUUUAAUUGCAUCCUAAACAGAGAACAAAGGCUAGAAAGCCCAGUAACACUAGCUGAGCUCAAAGACUUUAGGAAAUGUGUGAAGGAUAUGGGGUUAAAAGAUCUGAAAUCAUCAGGAGCUUAUUUCACCUGGAAUAAUAUACAAAGGGUGGAAGAUAAAGUGAUGAGUAGAAUUGACAGAGUAUUGAUAAAUAAUGGCUGGAUCACUAAACUACCAGCAUCAAAGGUGCACUACAAGAAUGAAGGAGCUUUUGAUCACUGCCCAGGCAUCAUUAGCUGGGAGGAUGGGAACUCACAUGGAAAAAGACAAUUCAAAUAUUUUAAUAUGUGGAGUCUGGUCCCCAAAUACAAAGAAAAGGUGAAGGCAAGUUGGGAUGCUAGGAUACAAGGCAGGAAAAUGUUCCAAGUAGUGGGAAAACUGAAUAGGCUCAAGAAUGUAUUCUACAAGCUCAAUACAGAAAGAUUCAGUGAAAUAGAGAAACAAGCUGAUAAGGCAAGUGAGGAGCUCACACAAUGUCAAAUCCUAAUACAACAGGAUCCUAGGAAUGGAACACUAAUAGAACAGGAGAUCAAGCUACACAAAGAAUGCAUCAAACUGAACACAACUAGGGAAGCCUUCCUGAGGCAAAGGAGUAAGGUACAAUGGCUCAAAGAAGGUGAUCAAAAUACUAGAUUCUAUCAUAGUGUGAUCAAGGCCAGAAGAACUCAUAAUCGAAUAUUCUCAAACAAAACAGCUGAUGGGCAAAGCAAGACUGAUAUGGAAGGUAUAACCAAGGCCUUUACUGAUUACUACCGGGAACUACUGAGAACUAACAACAACCAAAGAAAGCAUGCAAAUAGUGAUAUCAUUAGGAGAGGGACUGUGGUGAAUGAAGGGCAAAGAUGCAGACUGGUUGAAAAAUUCACUGAAAAGGAGAUAAAGAUAGUACUGUGGGAAAUUGAUGGGGAUAAAGCCCCAAGUCCUGAUGGGUAUGGAAGCCAAUUCUUCAAAGAUAGUUGGGAAAUUGUGAAAAAAGAUCUGAUAGCAGGGGUGCAAGAAUUCUUUGAAACAGGGAGGGUGUUGAAAGGGGUCAACAAUACUGUUAUAACAUUGAUUCCAAAGGGGACACAUGCUGAUACAGUACUAAACUGCAUGCCAAUAACAUGCUGCAACACCAUUUAUAAGAUAAUAUCUAUGAUGAUGUGCAAUAGAUUGAAAGAAGUGCUCCCCGGAAUAAUAUCAGAGAACCAAAGUGCAUUUGUGAGUGGUAGAACAAUUGUGGCAAGCAAAAGGGAGUUCACCCCAGUGGUACUCAUGCUAAGGGGCCUUAAAACUUUUGCAGAGGCAUCAGGGCUGACGACUAACAAUGCAAAGUCUAAUAUAUUCUCUGCAAACAUGCCAACACAAAUGGUGGAGGAUCUCUGUGAACUUACUGAAUACUUAAAGGGGAAACUCCCAUUUAGAUAUCUGGGAAUCCCUAUAUUAUCUAAGAGACUAGCAGCUAUCGAAUGUGAAACAUUGGUGAUAAAAUGGUGGCCAGAGUUAGAACAUGGGAAUCAAGGAACCUAA